UCCAACAAGACCCAACAAGCUUGAUACCAUCUAGGACAAAGUAUCUGGCUUGAUUGGUAUCACAUUCCUACAGUUUCCUCCCUAAGGAUGUGGUGGGUCACCCUACAGUUUAAGGACUCUAGUGCUUCGAGUUGAAGCUGAUGAUCACCUUCUCAAGGGAAAUAGGGAUGCGCAAGAAAUAAUGGUAAAUCAGUGGCGCUCACAUCCCAAGAGUGAAUAUAAAAAAAAGAUGGUAGCUAAGGAAAAGAGUUUGAUUGUUCUGAGAAUGACUGGCAGAGUCUGAGUGUGUGCUUUUAUUUUUGUUUUCCUGCAGACUGUAAUCCCCACAGUUAAGUGUGGGCUCAGAUUACAAUCUUCCAUUAUUUCAAUUGCAUCUCCCCACACAGGAACACAGAUCUAGUUAACUGCAUCGAGCAGCAGUUUCCAGCAUUUGAUGUCCUCAGAGACUUUCUCAACUGACACUUUCUCGAUCAAGAAUGUUUGUCACUGUUAAGUAUGGAGCAGGUCAGACGUUGAUUCUCAAUCAUUUUUGUCGAACUGUGAACUUCACAGAACAUGUUAAGCAGAUGUGUGAAUGUGUGCCUGAAGCUUGCAUCGACCUGACUGAUGAAUCUGGGAACUUAAUGAAUCUCAGCCUGCAACAAAACUCCCAGAAAUUUGUCAACGACAUCCUGAAAGAACGUGAGAGAUAUAUUCUCAUCAAAGUGAUUAAACAAGUUGAUUCAGAGACCAUCAUCUAUGAAUCCAUGUUGAAGAACAUUGAGUGUUGUUAUCCUGCAGUAGCAGAGCAGCUGCACAAGUUGUCCAAUCCCAAGGCCAAGGAGAAGAAAGAGCCAAUACUGAAGAAAUCCCGAUCCACCAAAGAGGGUAUUCCAAACACUACAUUCAAAACCAAAUCUGCUUUGGGGAUUAAGAAGAGCUCCAGCUUUACACAGAAAACUUUAUGAAACAAAAGAAUAAAAAACAGAAUUUAUGGAUUGUGAAUGACAGCUCCACAGACACAAUCCACACUUGAUUACACACUUUGAUGGAGUGAUUGGAAACGUUCAUGCACCCAAUCCCACUGAGUUCUUGGGAUUAAAGCCAAGCUCAUGAAUAUUUCUGUAGAAUAUACCCAAGCUCACCUGCAUGUAAAAACAGUUCCCCUAAAUGUGUAUCAACAAGUGGAAUAGAAAUGUGACAGAUAAAGAGGUUAAACAUCUUCAGGAAUAUAGUGGGGAGUUAUUUAAUCUGGGCAGCAUAAUACUUUUAGGUAUACAGUAACAGAGGAAACUCCAAACACAGAGAUCAGGCCAACAAGGUUUUCUGGGGACUCAGCAGAAACUUUAUUUGUUCCAACAGACCUGAGAGAUUUGAAUGGU